AUGUCCCCGAGCACCACCCUCCUACUGGUCGCUCUGUCGUGUACCUUGGUCGUUCCUUGGACCUCUGCCUCGGAGGGUGUCCAAGUGACCGUUGGAGGCCUCGGGGAAGUCCUGGGAUCCACCUCCUCAUCGGCGUGGACCUCCAGGACAAUCUAUCAGUUCCAGGGAAUCCCAUACGCCGAGUCUCCCUCCAAGGAGAAUAGGUUUAAGCUACCGAUCCCAUCAGGAGGCUGGAGUGGUGUCCUGAAUGCUACUGUGUUCAGGAACAAAUGCCCUCAAGCCAACAAUGAGAAGGAACUGCUAGAACUGCAGCAGAGAAUCGAGAGGAAUGAAGACGUCGAGGACUGUUUGCAUUUGAAUAUUUACACGCCUCAGGUUCCUCUCAACAAUACUUGCAGCACGUACUUGCCUGUCAUGUUCUACAUCCACGGAGGAAGUUUCCGAGUUGGGUCUGCCAGAGAUUUCCUUCCUGAUUUCUUUCUGGAGGAAGACAUAGUCCUAGUUGUGAUUCAAUAUCGCCUGGGACCUUUAGGUUUUCUGUCGUUUGGAACCGAGGAAGCCCCUGGAAACAUGGGUCUGCAUGAUCAGCUGAUGGCUCUUCACUGGACCAACCGUUAUGUGAAUCAGUUCUGCGGGAAUCCUCGUCAAGUCACCAUCUUCGGACAGAGUUCCGGAGCUGCUGGCGUCACACUACUCAUGGCCAGUCCUUUAGUGACUCCUGGCCUGUUCCAGCGAGUGAUCGUUCAAAGUGGCUCCGCCUUGUGCGACUGGGCAGUAGACUUCAGUCCUGUGGAACAUGCAGAGACCAUCUCUAGGAUGUCCAGGUGUGACCGGAAAACUCAUCAGGAGAUGGUGGAAUGUCUGAGGAACCAGUCUGUCUACCAGCUGCUGAUGGCUCAUUCUGACUUUCUGACAGAGGUUCUGAUCAACGAAGGCAGAGCAGUGAGGGGAAACAAUGGGGGAAACCACGCAGUGGUGGAAAAACCGGGGAAAACCAGUUUCUUGGUGGAAGAUCCAAGAGUCAGUUUCCAAGAUGGCCGCUUUGUCAAGGUGCCAAUGAUGGUCGGUGUGACAAAACAUGAGGGCAGCUUUUUCCUUGGAAAUAUACAUGACUUCAUCCUGGAAAGGAACAAUGCAACAAAUAACACAGAUUAUCUCAUUAACGACUUCUUGAAAGCAACUCUUCAGUUUAGUGGGAUCGACGACACCACUGGAGCAAUCACUGACGUUUUCUUAGACAAGUACUUCAAGAUAGAAGAGAUAGGGAACUUUACAGCGAUGGUUCCAGGCUUAGUUGAUAUCUGCGGAGUGACUCUAUUGAAGGCUUGCACUCUACAGCAAGCUCGACGCAACGCUCAUCUGGAACCAACCUUCCUCUAUACCUUCAACUACAAGGGACAGUACACCAAGUUCGGACAAGGAGAAGAGGCCCAUCACUACCCCUUUCCAGGAGGUGUGGCUCACUCAAACGAUCUACUCUAUUUAUUCCCCAACACUGACGGAAACCUGACUGGAACUGACAGAAAAGUGGCUCAGACGAUCGUACAACUGUGGACUAGCUUUGCUGCAGAUGGAUAUCCAAAAUCAUCACACAUGAGGGGAUCGUGGCUUCCUAUGACCACUUCGGUCGGACCUUACCUCAGAAUUGACGAUGAUCCGUCUCUAAGGGAGAACUUCUACGUAGAAUACAACAUAGCUGCGACCGAAGGAUUGGACGUGUACAUGCAAGAACUAUCUAGAGCUUCCACAUUGAACUUUGUUCACAUAAAUAUAUUUGUAGUAAUAUUGAUUAAUGUUACUUGUAGAUAAACUGUUAGGUUCAAUAAAACCGUUGUGACAGGGUUAUGAAAACUGUA